CUUCGACACCAUUCCAGUGCAACCGCUUCCCCCCAUGUCCCUACGUCAUCAAGCACGGCCCUUGUGCCGGCCAAGUGUAUGGCGGCACCAACCACGCCCUCUCCUCCUGCUUCAAGAACAAGCAUGACAAGUGGUAUGCCGUCAAUGUGACCACCUCGAAGUAGCCAAACUGGAUGGUCUAUCGUGCUUCUCGCAAGGUCAAUCAAGUCGAAGCUGUAGCUCCCCCUUCUGAUGUGCACCUCAACUUGUUGUUCCCUGGCACUGCCAUGAUUC